AUGUCGUCUGCCGUAGCAGAUCUGGAGACCAACCUCCUGGCAAUGCUUGCCCUCAAGCCUCCUGGAGUAUCAGGCUCUAGGAUCAGCGCGAUCACGGCGCUCUGCAUUGCCAAUGUUCAGUCCGAGUCUGUUCUCAUUCAGAAGAUAUUCACCCACUUCAAGAAGGCCCCUGGUACCCAUAAACUUGGUGUGCUCUACGUUGUAGACUCUGUAACCCGCAAGUGGCUCGAGCAGGCCAAGCAGCAAGGUCAACCUGUCAACAGUGCUGCACCAGAUGGCACAUUUGCUGCUGGCGUGAACAGGGUGACUGAGCUGAUGCCUGUCCUGAUGAACGACAUCAUCUCUUCUGCCCCUCAGGACCAAAAGGACAAGAUUAAGAAGCUCGUCGACAUCUGGGAAAAGGGACAGACCUUUCCUACUGCAAUGACUGAGGGCUUCAGGCAGAAACUCAGCCAAUCAUCAACCACCCCCCCAGGCAGCCCACCUCCCAAUGUGCUGGCAUCUCUUGGCAACAAUGCUCAGGCUCAGCCAACCCCAGCACCACCAGUACUCCCAGCCAACAUUGUCGAGACUCUUGCUACCAUCAAGAACAUUGCCCAGCAGCAGAACCAGAACAAGGCGGUCCAGAGCAGUGCAGCCCCAGCAGCUCCCACACCAGCCCCACAGCAGCAGCAGCAGCAGCAGCAGCAGCAGCAUACACCACAGCCUGCUCUCCCCCCAAUGGGAACAUCUGCUCCUCCCUUUAUGCCGCCCCAGACCCAGCCCACAGCUAUGCCCAACUUUAGCAACGUUCAGAAUGGUGUAGCUGCCAUGGGCAUUGGAAUGACAGGCAACGCUGCACCAGGGGCCGCUGCAGGCGGUGACCCGACGGCGCUGCAGGUGGCGCUUAUCCAGCAGCUGAUCCAGAAGGGCCUCCCAGCUGAGCAAAUUGCUGCCGUGGUGAAGGCUCUUGCCGGCAACAACGGCGCCGCUCCGGGCGCACCACCUCAAGUAGCGCCGCCCAACCAGGGUGCGUACCCGAUGGCCCCCAGUGGCAGCAGCAGUGGUUGGGCUCCUCCAAGGCCUGAUGACCAUGCUUUGAGAUCUCCUACCGGUGGAGCGCGUGGUAGAUCGCGCUCGCGCUCCCCAGGACGUCGCUGGGAUCACCGUGACUCUCCUCGUGGUCGUGAUGACCGUCGUUUUGGCGACCAUGGCCGUAACUCUCCACCGCGUGAUCGCUAUGACGAUCGGGAGCGGGGUGGUCGUUCCUAUCGGCAGCGCUCGCCACCUGGUGGGCGUCGUGGCUCGAGCCCGCGGCGCGGUGAUGGUGAGAUGCCUGCCUCUCCCUCGCAACAGGACAAGUUUGUGCAGUUUGACCCGUCCCUUCCCAAUAAUCACAUCAAGGUGCUGAGCCGUACGCUGUUCGUGGGCGGGGUGACAUGCCCCGAGCAUGAGCUGCGGGCCAUCUUCAACCGCUUCGGUACCGUCCAGACGUGUAUUGUCAAUAAAGAGAAGCGCCACGCGUUCGUCAAGAUGUACACCCGUAAGGAUGCUGUCAAUGCGAAGGAGGCCAUGGAGGACGGCCGCAGCCCGGACGCCCAGCUCCGUACGAGAUGGGGCGUUGGGUUCGGGCCCAGGGACUGCAGCGACUACCAGACGGGCAUCAGCGUAAUUCCCAUCCACAAGCUGACCGAGGCUGACCGAAAGUGGAUGCUCACGGCGCCGUUCGGUGGCAGCGGUGGCCAGCCUAUCACCCAUGGCAUGGUCGUCGAGGAGCCAGACAUCGAGAUCGGCGCCGGUGUGUCGUCCAAGGCCAUCUCUCGCCGUAUGCAGACCGACAAGGGCGGCAGCCAUGGCCCCAAGUCGACGCACCACAAUGAAGAUCGGAAUGAUCGCCGACACGGCAGACGCGGUGGUGGUGGGGGCGGUCGGGACCACCACGCCCACCGUCGCGACGACGAUCGGCCCAACAAUGCCGGCAACCCAAAUGACGAGCCCAUCGUGCCAGGUUUUGGUUACGGUAUCUCUACAAAUCAGCAGGGCAUGCCUGUCUAUCCUCCUGGCUUUGCUUUCCCG